AUGGUCGGCCGGCCGCUGUUCACGCUAACAGGGAGCGAGAAUGUACGAACACGGCCGAGCAGUCCAGCCUUUGUCGAAGCGAGAAUCGGCCUGCUCUCGCCCAAUGCCUCUCCAAAUCUGGGCAGCAACGGCGGGUGGUCUACUCUGCCGGCCAGGGAGGACGACAGGCCUCGUCCACAUCGACGCUCGACAUCGUCCAAUGCGAAUGCUCACUAUAGAUUCCUGUCCGGCAGUCAGCUAGAAGACAGCCCCGUCAAAUCGAGACCGUCUACCCCGCUCUCUUAUUAUGUACCCCAGACGAAGUCUCGAUGGCAGUUCCAUCUGCCGCGAAGGAGACGGCUCAUCUUGAUCGCAACGCUUUCUUCGCUCCUCAUCACACUCUUUGUGCUGCUCGUCUUUCGAGACUUUGUCACCUUCUUGCGCUUCAAGACGAUCAAUCAUUUGUACGACGAGCGAUGGAUCACCUCCUGCCGAUUGCGCAAAGCUCCUGCGCUCUUCACUGUCGGUCCGGACGAAGCUUCUCUGGUCUGGGAGACCAAUUGCGACAUGGACAAGCGGAGAUCAGAAACGAUGAAGCUCCGUUGGGCGACUGUACACUCGGACGGCACGCGCGCUGCUUGGCUCGAAUCAGUCCAACACGCAGCCGUGAAACGUACCAUACUUGACGAGACUCACUUUGUCUACUCUGCGAGACUCUUGGAACUCACGCCCGGCUCAUUCGCGUACGAAAUCUAUUCAGAGGGCUCGAGCAAGUCACCGCGCAUAUGGGCGCGUCAUUCAUUCGCUUGGCUCACCGCCGAUGCGCUCGUCCCACUGCCAACAAAGCUGCCUCCCAUCCUCAUUGCCGCAGUGGGAGACAAUCAAUUCAAUGUAAAGGUCUUCACACGGAUCAUGCGCAAGAUUGGCACACUCGCCAAUCGGCACUGGCCAAUCACUAUGCCCACUCUACCCACGACAAACGCGAUGCCACAGCUACUUCUCCACGUCGGAGAUGCAGUACAGGAGAUUGACAAUCUCCAGCAGUGGCAGACGGACUUUUAUGAUGCGCUCAACCAUCACCACCGAUUGAGCAGCCAAGUACCGAUGAUAUACGCACGAGGCAAUCAUGACUUUGACGAUACACUUGCAUAUACCUACUCGGGCGGCUUACCCACCUUGACGCUGGCCGACGGCAUUCAGACAUCUGCUCGGCUUGGCACUUGGCAAGCAUUCAGCCUCGGCCGAACGCGGUGGAUCAUUCUCGAUUCCAAUUUUGACCAAGGUGCCAAUGACGAGCAAGAGCGAUGGAUCAGGGACGAAGUCAAGAGAGACGCGUGGACAAAGGCGAGCUUCAGGAUCGUCGUCGUCCAUAUUCCGCCUUUUCUCGAAUACUGGGAUCAGCAUGCCUGGACAGAGCUAGACGAGCGCGACUGGGGUGAGCAUGUCAGGCAUCGAUUGAUGCCGCAUUUCCAGGGCCCAACAGUCGCCCAUCCUGCCUCGCUCGUCAUUUCUGGCCACUCGCACGCUUAUGCACGAGGGACACUGUCCGACGAUCGCGCGUCGUCCAUGUUUGCGCUCUCAUACUCGAAUGCCACACGAUCGCAUGAUGCCACUCAGCAGCAUGGCACGACGUACACGAUCAUCGGUGGAGCAGGCGGCACGCUGGACGAGGAUCGCGUUGAAGAUUGGCACUUCUUCGAUAGCAGCAUUGCAGGCCAGCAUCACUUUGUCUCACUCGCACUCGAACACGGCACAGAGGAGGCACUGCCCAAGCACGCACACUCGGUAGCAUCAGUCCAGCUACCGUCGACCUGUUCUCACACUCAAAAAGAUGCCGACUUGUUCGAUCGACUGCAUUGGACCGCCUGGGAUCUAUCGGGCCGUCCGAUAGACUCGUUCGUCAUGUCUGCGCCACUCUGUCACUUCCAGAUGGAUGACCUGUUCGAUGUCUUUGACGAAAGUCAGCCCGUACAGAAUCAGCCUGCCGUAGCAAAUGCUCCGCCGAGCCGCAAGAGAGCGAAGCAAGACAAGCCCAAGACCGUCGCAGCGCCCGUCAAUGUCGUCGAGCUCAGCUCGUCCUCCGAAUCAGGCGAAGAAGCUCCUGUAGCCGGCCCUUCCUCAGUCAAGAGCUCGAGCAAGGCCACGAACGGGUCUGCAAAGACCAAAGCAGUCCCUCACGCCUUGGCUGGGAGUUCCAAGCACAAUAAGCGAUCUCGACGAGAGGAAGAGCCCGUGAGCGGCAAGGUCAUCGCAACAGAUUCAUUUCAGACAGAGUCUACGCGAGAGGUUGCUCCUUCGGCUGGACUGGCCGGAGCUCCUCCGACUGCAGCAGAGCCAGCCGUUUCACUGACACAUCAGGUCCGACAUCAGGUUGCAAUACCGCCCGACUAUCCUUACACCCCGAUCUCGAGUCAUGUGCAGUCAAAAGAACCAGCGAGAACGUAUCCCUUCGUGCUUGAUCCUUUCCAACAAGUCUCAAUCAAUUCUAUAGAGCGCAAUGAAUCGGUGCUCGUGUCGGCGCAUACGUCGGCAGGCAAGACCGUCGUGGCCGAGUAUGCCAUUGCGCAAUGCCUACGCGAUAAACAGCGUGUCAUCUACACCUCGCCCAUCAAAGCCCUCAGCAAUCAGAAGUAUCGCGAGAUGGCGGCCGAAUUUGGUGAUGUCGGUCUGAUGACGGGCGAUGUCACGAUCAAUCCUACCGCUUCUUGUCUUGUCAUGACCACAGAGAUCUUGCGAAGUAUGCUCUAUCGGGGCUCAGAAGUCAUGCGCGAAGUAGCAUGGGUCAUCUUUGACGAGAUCCACUACAUGCGCGAUAAAGAGCGCGGCGUCGUCUGGGAGGAGACUAUCAUCUUGUUGCCCCACAAAGUCCACUAUGUCUUCUUGUCUGCUACGAUCCCGAAUGCUUUCCAAUUUGCAGAAUGGAUAUGCAAGAUCCACGAACAGCCUUGCCAUGUCGUCUAUACCGAAUUCCGGCCGACACCUCUCCAGCAUUAUCUCUUCCCCGCAGGCGGCGAAGGUAUCCACCUCGUCGUGGACGAACGAGGCGCAUUCAGAGAAGACAAUUUCCAAAAAGCGAUGAGCUCGCUCAACAAGGGUCAGGGUGAUGACCCAUCGAGCCCCUUUGCGCGAGGCAAGCAAGGCAAGACACGUAAACCUCAACAGAAAGGACUUUCAGACAUCUACAAGAUCAUCAAGAUGAUUAUGACGAAGAAUUACCAUCCUGUCAUCGUUUUUGCGUUCAGCAAGCGCGAAUGCGAGUCAUUAGCGCUACAAAUGUCCAAGCUUGAGUUCAACACCGAAGAUGAAAAGGCUAUGGUCGCAGACGUCUUCAACAAUGCAAUCGCUGCUCUCUCUGACGACGAUCGCACACUCCCUCAGAUCGAGCACAUCCUACCAUUGCUCAAGCGAGGCAUCGGAAUCCAUCACGGCGGUCUACUGCCGAUCCUCAAAGAAGUCAUUGAGAUUCUCUUCCAGGAAGGCCUCAUCAAAGUGCUCUUCGCGACAGAGACGUUCUCGAUCGGUCUCAACAUGCCUGCCAAGACUGUCGUCUUCACUGCCGUUCGCAAGUGGGAUGGAACGGACACGCGAGAUCUCUCCGGCGGAGAAUACAUUCAGAUGUCAGGCAGAGCAGGACGGAGAGGCAAGGAUGAUCGAGGCAUCGUCAUCCUGAUGUGCGAUGACAAGAUGGAGCCUAGCUCGGCAAAGUCUAUGGUCAAGGGCGUCGCGGAUCGCUUGGAUUCUGCGUUCCACCUUGGCUACAACAUGAUCCUCAACUUGAUGCGAGUCGAAGGCAUAAGCCCAGAGUAUAUGCUCGAGCGAUGCUUCUUCCAAUUCCAGAGUACCGGCUCCGUGCCGCAGUACGAGGCCGAACUGCGACAAGCAGAAGACGAAUUUGAUGCAAUCGCCAUCGAUCGCGAGGCAGAUGUCGCAGAGUACUACGACAUGCGACAGCAGCUCAUGCUACUCAAUAAGGAUCUGCACGAUGUUGUGACACAUCCAUCGUAUGCUCUGCCUUUCAUGCAGCCUGGCAGAGUCGUCAAAGUGCAGCACAACAACCUCGAUUUUGGCUGGGCGUGCGUAGUCGAUUUCACCAAGCGAAGAGGUGAAAAGGGCCGCGAACUCAACGUGCCGGCGCAAGAAGAAUUUGUCGUCACAGUCUUGCUUUGCUGCGCUACGGGCGCCUCUGAAGCGGUACCGCCGAGCAACGGCGACAAAGGUCGAUUCGAGCUCCACCUCGUCUUGCUAUCGACUAUUCAACAGAUCAGUAUGAUCAGACUCAAGCUGCCGACGACGCUCAAAUCACCAGAUCAGCGCCAAGUCGCCCUGCAGAGCUUGCGUGAAGUUGAGCGUCGCUUUCCCGAUGGUUUCGGCCUCCUCGAUCCCGUCAAAAACAUGGGCAUUACGGAUCCCAACUUUCAGGCGCUUGUAGAGAGGAUUGCUAUGCUAGAGAGCAAGGCAGCCAAGUGCUCGAUCGUCGACUCACCACAGUUGCAGCAACUAUACGGCCAGUACGAAGCCAAACAAGCGAUACAACAACGCAUCAGAGCGGCAAAGAAGAAGGUGUCCGAUGCGCAUAGCGUACUUCACCUUGACGAGCUGAAAAAUCGCAAGAGAGUGCUGCGCCGACUUGGAUUUGCAAACGCCGAAGACGUUGUCGAGAUGAAAGGCAGGGUGGCUUGCGAGAUUAGCACUGGCGACGAACUUCUACUUACAGAAAUGAUCUUCCAUGGCGUCUUCAACGAGCUCACUCCGGAGCAGUCUGCCGCGCUGCUCAGCUGCUUCGUCUUUGACGAAAAGAGUAACGAUUCGACCAAUAAGCUGAGGACAGAGUUAGCAGGGCCACUUCGGGUCAUGCAAGAGACCGCUAAACGUAUUGCGCAAGUAUGCAAAGAAAGUCACAUGGUCAUCGACGAGGAAGCCUACGUCGCUUCAUUCAAGCCAGAACUGAUCGACGCAACAUACCAAUGGGUCAAAGGCGCAAAGUUUUCGGAUGUGUCUAAACAGACCGACGUCUUUGAAGGAUCACUCAUUCGCGUGUUCCGCCGACUUGGCGAGCUCAUUCGACAGAUGGCAUCUGCGGCAAAGGCGAUUGGCAACACGGAGCUCGAGACCAAAUUUGUCGAUGCGCUCAAACUGCUUGAGAGACCCCAGUCGGUCGUGUUCAACCCCUCGCUGUACCUCUAG